GAAGUGACAGCCGUUAGUGCCCUGCUGCCUACGAGAACUGGGAAAGCUAGACUUCACAAGGCUGGGAACUCAUGUGUGUGCUGUGACCUCAUUUCUAAAGAGUAACCUGGUGUGCGACAUGCAGAGUAUGGGUCUGUCUCAUAAACUGUGAUACACAGAGUCUCCCAUGCCCCUGAGCCUCAGGAAGCCCUCCCACAGGGCCAUAGCAGCCUGGACGUUGUGGUGAAAUGCUGUGGGUUGGAAAGCCUCAAAGAGUGAUUUCUUCCUUGCAGUAAGAAGGAGGAAGCAGAUCCUUGGACCUUGCCAACAGAACACCCAUCUUGGUUAUAUGCGAAGUCAAGCUGAGCUGUCCCUUCCAGUGCCUCCCAGGACAGCGUGGGCAGACAGACAGACCCAGUGGGGUGUCAUUGGGAGCCUCUCCCUUCAUUUGGAAUGACCUGGGUUGGGCUCUGCAAAACUACAGAAUAAAAUGACAGUCCCUUGCACAAAACCUUACAGUGCAUCAGCUGCUCCACCUGCCCCAGGAGGAGGAGCCAGAGCUGGGGCUGAGGCCACUGUGGGCAUUCACAGCCAGAACCAGUAUUUGGCUCCCUGCCUAAGAGGUGAUUUUAGUGAAUGCAUGAACAAAUUGUUGGGCCACAAAUUGAGACACAUCUCAUAUCCCAGCCUGCAAGUAAUGGACAUAGCUCAGAGGACCUCUCAGGUCUUGGGAUAUUUCUUCGAAAGACGUUUCAUAAGUGUGUUUUUCUAAUGAAAGCAGCCUAUAAUACCAAGGAGCUGGUAAGGUUUAUCCUCUUGGCUGGAUUCCAGGGAUGCUGUACUAACCAGUAACAAAGGGAGUUACACAAGAAUAAGGCAUACAUAAGCCUGGAGAUAUGUUUUUCCACAAGCUUUCAUCUUGCACAUCCUCUUCAGGAGUGGGUUCAAGUGUUAAAAUGACUGGGAUCAUGCUAUUGCACAGGAACAAGAAUGUAACAGAAGCUUUUUCAAAGUAUCAGGGAUACUUGAACACGUCAGCACUCAUUAAAUGUUAUCAGGCAUUUCAUUCAGAUGGCACAGUGCAGAAAGGUCCAGCUGUGCCAGGCUCUAGAGAUACUCGAAGGAGAGGAUUCGUGCUCCAGGGAAGACAGACAAGAGGAAACCUCAAGAUUUGCCUUGUGAUUCUGAACCAGCCUUUCAACAAAGGUCAUUUUCACUGUCUGUGGAGCAAAGCUGCCCUGAGAGCUUGUGCUGAUGGAGGUGCCAACCGUCUCUACCACAUCACAGAAGGAAGCCAGGACAGCUUCUUGCCUGAUUACAUCAGCGGGGAUUUUGAUUCCAUUCAGCCCGAAGUCAAGGAGUACUACAAGGUCAAGGGAUGUGAGUUAAUUGAGACCAUGGAUCAGGACCUCACAGACUUCACCAAGUGCCUUCAAAUACUCCAGAAAAAGAUAGAGAAGAAAGGCCUCCAGAUCGAUGUGAUUGUGACUUUGGGCGGACUUGGAGGACGCUUUGACCAAACAAUGGCAUCCGUGGAAACGCUUUUUCAUGCGACAAGUAUCACUCCCAUUCCAGUGAUAGUUAUCCAGGAGUGCUCACUGAUUUACCUGCUUCAACCUGGCAAGCACAGGCUGCAUGUGGACACAGGACUGGAAGGCAGCUGGUGUGGCCUCAUCCCCGUCGGAAACUCCUGCGAGAGCGUGACCACGACGGGCCUCAGGUGGAACCUCACUAACCAGGUGCUGAAGUUUGGAACACUCGUCAGCACGUCCAACACCUACGAUGGCUCCAGCGUCGUGACCAUCGAGACAGACAAACCUCUGCUGUGGACAAUGGCUGUCAAAAAAUAGCAUCAGCUACAGCUGCCUUUUCUGCAAUGAAUUAAGACAGCAAAGCUAUUCCAAAUGAUUUAAGCAGGCAGCAACUUAAUGUACUGAAUGGACACCAAGUCUGAAAUAAAAGUCACUUAUCACUAGCA